AUAUUUAGCUCUGUGUUGUGUUAGUGUCAGAGAGUCCAGGACUAGUUCAGCUGUCUCUGACCGGCUUUACACACCUGUCUUCAUCCAUCUGAGGGGAAUCAUCUCUAGAGCUCUUCCACAUCACUGCUUCCACUUCCAGUCGAUCUGAAUCAUGCAGCACACAUUCAGAGCCGUCACACACUCUCCAGGGAUCCUGAUCUGGAGAAUCGAGAAAAUGGAUCUCGUUUUGGUCCCGGAAAAAGUUCACGGACAGUUUUAUGAAAGUGACUGCUAUUUAUUGCUCUCAACACGCAAAGCUGGAAAGUCUGCAUACUAUGACAUUCAUUACUGGAUAGGCUCCAUGUCUACGCUGGAUGAACAGGGAGCUGCUGCUGUCUAUGCCAUUCAGCUGGAUGAGUUCCUGGGCUCCUCACCUGUCCAGUACCGCGAGGUCCAGCACCACGAGUCCAGCAUCUUCUGCGGAUAUUUCAAACAGGGCAUAAUUUAUAAGUCCGGAGGGGUGUCAUCAGGAAUGAACCACGUGGAGACAAACACGUAUAACAUUCAAAGACUGCUGCAUGUGAAAGGGAAAAGGAAAGUGACUGGCACAGAGGUGGAGAUGAGCUGGAGCAGCUUUGACACUGGGAGCGUCUUCCUGCUGGAUCUCGGCCAGACCAUUCUCCAGUGGAACGGCCCUGAAAGCAACAGACAGGAGCGUCUGAAGGGCAUGAUGCUGGCCAAGGACAUCAGGGACCGUGAGAGAGGGGGCCGGGCAGAGAUCGGUGUGAUUGAGGGGGACGCAGAGGCUAACUCCCAAUCAUUAAUGGAUGUGAUGGUGAGCUACUUGGGUGAACGGCCCUCGAAGCUGCCCAGCGGGACGCCUGAUGAAAUAACUGACCAGGAGCAGAUGUCUAAGCUCACCCUCUAUCAUGUGUCAGACGCUAAAGGAUCUAUGAACAUCACAGAGAUCGGAUGCAGUCCACUCACACAGGACAUGCUGAAUCAUGAUGACUGCUAUAUUUUGGACCAGGGAGGGAUGUCAAUAUUCGUGUGGAAGGGAAAGACAGCCAACAAAGCAGAGAGACAAGCAGCAAUGACCAGGGCUCUGGAGUUCAUUAAACUGAAGGGUUACCCACUCACUACUAAAGUGGAGGCUCUCAGUGACGGAGGAGAAUCGGCUCUCUUCAAGCAGCUGUUCAAGAGCUGGACGGUCAGAGAGCAGACAGCUGGUCUGGGCCAGACACACACCGUGGGGAGAGUGGCUGAUGUCCCUCAAGAGAAGUUUGAUGCCAGUAGGAUGCAUGUGAUGCCUGAUGUUGCUGCACAGGAGCGUUUGGUGGACGACGGCAGUGGACAAAAGCAGGUGUGGCGCAUCAAGAGUUUGGAGAUGGUGGAGGUGGAUCCUGAGAUGCAUGGGUACUUCUAUGGAGGAGACUGCUAUCUGAUUCUGUACAGCUAUGAAGUUAAUGGCAGGAAGAACCACAUCCUCUACAUGUGGAAGGGCCGUCAUGCGUCUCAGGACGAGGUCACGGCGUGUGCCUAUCAGGCGGUGACCCUGGACCAGCAGCACGGAGGUCAGCCGGUGCAGGUCAUAGUCUCCAUGGGCAAGGAGCCACGCCACUUCAUGGCCAUCUUCAAGGGCAAGAUGGUGAUCUUCGAGGGCGGCACGUCCAGAAAGAGCGCCCCGGAGCCAGAGCCGCCCGUCCGUCUGUUUCAGAUCUGUGGCUCUCACCAAACCAAUUCUAAAGCGAUCGAGGUGCCAGCCCUGUCAGCUUCACUCAACUCCAACGACGUCUUCCUCUUGAAAAGCCAGAACGGCAUCUUCCUGUGGUAUGGCAAGGGCUCCAGCGGGGAUGAGAGGGCCAUGGCGAAGGAGGUGGCCUCCUUUAUUGGACGAGGCUCAUCAGAGGAGGUCAUGGCUGAGGGACAGGAGCCAUAUGAGUUUUGGGAGACCUUAGGUGGAAAAGGACCCUAUGCAAGUGACAGAAGAUUACAGCAGGUGACUCUAGAUCAUCAACCACGUCUGUUUGAGUGCUCCAACAAGACCGGCAAGUUUCUGGCCACUGAGGUAACCCAGUUCACCCAGGAUGACCUGCGAGAGGACGACGUCAUGCUCCUGGACACCUGGGAUCAGGUCUUCCUCUGGAUAGGAAUUGAAGCCAAUGAUGUGGAGCGUAAGGAAUCUGUGACAACGUGCCAGGAAUACCUGCGGACUCACCCUGGAUCCCGGGACCCUGACACCCCCAUUAUAAUGGUGAAGCAGGGCUUUGAGCCUCCUACCUUCACGGGGUGGUUCACGGCCUGGGACCCCACUAAAUGGAGCGGUGGAAAAACCUACGAGCAGCUGAAGGAGGAGUUAGGAGAGAUCACAUUGCCCACUAAAGUGGAAUCUGGCUCCACUGAUGCGGAGAGUGAACCCGUCUCACAAUAUCCAGCAGAAAUGCUGAUGAACAAACUGUCUGGAGAUCUGCCUGAGAACGUGGACCCCCGCUCACAAAGAGUGUCUCUGCCCACAGCACAGGAAGCAGUGCAACUGAGAUCAGACUUGGUGGAUUUGUGCAGCUUGGGAGGUUUUCAACUCACCAAAUGGGUGAGUAAUAGUAGAACCGUCUUGUCGGCCAUUGAGGAGGAGAAAAGAGGGGACAACAUUAGGUCCUUAGAUUUAGAUAAGGACAAACUACCAGUUGACCAUGCCUUGGGACUUCAAUGGAACGUGGAAGAUGACACCUUUAGAUUUACCAUCAUACUCAAUGAAAAACCCCAUACCCGUAGAGGUAUUCUCUCAAUGGUGAGCUCUGUCUUUGAUCCUCUUGGACUUUUGGCACCCCUCACUCUUCCAGCCAAACAAUUUUUACAGCAAUUGUGCAAAGAAGGCUAUGGAUGGGAUAAGCCAAUACCCACGUCUCAAUUAAGACAAUGGCUAUGUUGGAUUCAUGACCUCCCCAAGUUGGCAGCCUUCAGUGUGCCACGCUGUAAGAAACCCAAUGGAUUUGGUAAGCCACAGUCCUUUCAGUUGCAUCAUUUUUCUGAUGCCAGCGAACUUCGAUAUGGAACUGUAAGCUACAUCAGAAUGACCCAAUGA